UCGCUUCUGUCAAAAUCAAGCAAAACAAACCUUUAAAAAUUCACAAAAAAAUCACAAAUUACCUGCGAUGAUUGUGAGAAACGUCGGUCAAUUGUUGUCAGUGCAUCUCAGGACUGCCUGCGUCGCUCGAGGACUCUGCACAAAAGUUCAAUCAUCGCCUGCCGCAACAGAAAAAUGGGAUUUGUAUUCCGGAGUGUUGCUCGAAAGACUUCCCAUUAUCGGAAAACCUCUCGAUGAUGUCCAAACACGAGUUCAAAAUUUAAUGAACCAGAUUGAAUUUGAGAACAGUUUACGUAGCGACCACGAGCUACGCAAGGAACGUGAUGCAAUUCAAGCAAAACUUCUCGCAAAAGGCGAAAUUGAUGUCGAUUUGGAUGCAACGAAACAAACCGCGCAGGAUUUCGAAGAUGCCUGCAACGAAGAAUUGGAAAAGUUUCAAAUGGCUUCAAGAACAACAGCUGCUGAUAAGAAAAAUGACGUCAAAUCGCUCAAUCGGAAGCUGGAUGAAACUUUAAUUUUCAUUGCGAAACAAAAUUUGGGCAAAACUCAAGUCACUUGCUUGCCACAAGGCAAAUGGAUCGAAGGCGAAACACUUCGACAAACGGCGGAACGAGUUUUAAAGGAAAUCGCGGGCGAUAAAGUCAAAGCGCAAUUUUAUGGAAAUGCUCCGUGUGGCUUUUACAAGUACAAAUAUCCGAAAGGCGAGCGAGGAGAGUCCGUCGGAGCGAAAGUUUUCUUCUUUCGAGCUGUUUUGAGAGAUCAUAAAGACGGAAAUGUCGAUGCCAAGACAGCGUUUGAGUGGAGGACCAAAGAAGAGUUGGGAACAGUCCUCAAAAGUCAGUCUUAUUACAAAAGUGUCUCGCAAUUUAUGCUGUAAUGAAAUUAUGAGAUGAGAAAAAUUUUAAUAAAUUUAGUCAGAAUUCGUUAAUUUU